CAUAGUGAGAGGUUGAUGCUUUAGUGGGAACAACUCCUGUGUCUGUCGUGAGCUGUGGGUUCAUCUCUACAGACAGAAAGUCGACUUUGAGACCAGAUCCACAAUGUCUACCUCCAGAGGAUGCAAAGAAAAGUUCAGUAUCAUCCAGCCAAAUGGAUCCAAGCUGAGAUAAAGACACUGUGCCGGAUGUUUUGAGGAACUAACUGAUCUUCCACAGUUUGAGAGAAAGGAGGAUGAGGCUAUGUAACCGGGGGAUGAUGAUGCUGCUGACCACGGCGGGAGCUUUCUGCGCCUUUAGCCUCAUGACCAUUGCUGUGGGCACCGACUACUGGCUGUACUCGCGUGGGAUGUGCCGCUCCAAGAACGUUGGGGAUAAUGAGACAGUCAGGAAGAACGAGGAAGUGCUGACCCACUCUGGUCUGUGGAGGACCUGCUGCACUGAAGGAACAUUCCGAGGUGUUUGCAAAGAUAUUGAUCAUUUUGCUGAAGAUGCAGAUUAUGAGCAAGAUGCUGCAGAAUAUUUGCUACGCGCUGUGCGUGCAUCCAGCCUCUUCCCCAUCCUUAGCGUGGGCUUGUUGUUCCUCGGAGGUGUGUGCGUGGCGGCCAGCGAGUUCUAUAAAUCACAGUACAAUGUCAUUCUCACAGCAGGCAUUCUUUUCGUCUCUGCAGGUCUCAGUAACAUCAUUGGCAUCAUCGUAUACAUAUCAGCCAACUCGGGAGACCCCAGCCAGAGCGACAACAAGAAGAGUUACUCUUACGGCUGGUCCUUUUACUUUGGAGCACUUUCAUUUGUGUUGGCGGAGAUGGUUGGCGUCCUGGCGGUGCAUGUGUUCAUCGAGAAGCACAGGCAACUGCGUACUAAAGGACGACCGUCCCUUACCAAACCGCCAGUCUCUCGCAGCUCGUCACACUCCCGCAACCGUUACUACCAGAACCGUCCUCGCAGGUACAGCAACAGGAGCAACCACAGCAUUGCAGACUCCACCUCAAACUCCUUACGGGCAUCCCUGGUGAGAGAGCCGUCUCUCUCAUCCGGGUCAAAGGUCGUCGACUCGGCAGGUUUGCCACCACCGUUGACGGUGAGCUCAGAGUUUAUGCUCUACACGCUGACCUCUCCAUUGAAAGACGGUAAAAGUGACAUGGUGUUGGAUGGUUUAACCAUGGGAGCUCAGGACAACACGGACAUGCUGUCUGGGAACUGUGCUGCCAGUAGAAGAAUCACUCCAGUCUGAGGGUUUUUCUUCCUGACAACGUUUGGAAAACAUUCAUUCACAAGACACUAAGGCUGGUCUACACACAAUGCAGUAGGCGUGAUCAAUUCCCCACUUCUUUUCCACUAGCUUAGAGGAACUUGCUGGAAUGUUACAGAAAUGCUACAGUGUGUUUAGCAGGAGUUGGACUACCAACUUGAUGUGUUGUCUCAGGCAUCAUUGAACAUUAGUGGAGCUUUGUGGAAUCGGCUAUAAAAUCUGUUUGAAUGUUGUUGGAAUUUGCAUAAAUAAAUAUUUUAUUUUUCAA